ACUCGAUAUUCGCCCAGCAUUCACUCGUACCUUGUUCCAGAGGCACAGGCCUCACCAGGAACUCCCAUCCUCCAACAUGGCCAACAACAUGCCACUCCCAAUCCCGCCUCGCACUCCUACCCCUGACCCAGAAGAACCCUCCUCACCCCAGAUUCUCGCUUCGACAGAUCCAGAGUUACAGUUUGACAAUAACAGUCUCUCACCUCUGCAUGCCGAAAGAGAAAACAUGAGCUCGUUGGGUGGAACACUGUCUUCGCCAGUCAGUCCGUUAAAACAACACACCAAUAAUGGUGUGGGACCUUUCAAUUUCCAGCCUUCGACCAUGGCCAAGUCACCAGUCAUAAAGUCCAAUAUCGGCCAGCGACGGGGUCACAAAUACAAACAUAGCAGUGUGUCGCAUCAGAUCUUUCUAGAGCCUCCUCCACGAGCACCCUUGGCCCUCCCGAAUUCUCUCCCCAUCCCUACGUUCGCAGAGUGCAGGGCAAGCAUGACGAAUGACCAGAAGGUCCGCUUCUACUGGAGCAUAUGUCAUAUGGCGGUGGCAGGGUAUACGGCGUGGAAUGCCCAUGGGUCGGCAGCAAUGGAGGCACUUUCGCAUCUGAUCUUUUACGAUUCAUUGGGUGCCCUCUUGUGUGUCUUGGUCGAGAUAUUCUCAAACUUCGAGGUGUGGGGGAGAUCGAGCGUCCGACAUCCGUUCGGACUGCAGCGCAUGGAGGUCAUUGCGGGAUUCGCCUUGUCUGUGCUGUUGAUCUUCUUUGGGUUCGACCUGAUAUCACACAACGCGAAACACGCCCUCGAAGGAAUCGGCCAUGAACCACACCAUCCACAUACCCACGCCCGUGUUACGACCGGCACGAUCGACCUGACCGCGUUGAUCGCGUUGGCGGCCACUCUUGUCUCGGCUGUCGGUUUGCAGAAUCACGCUCGCAUCGGGAAAGCCAUGAGAUUUGCAGCUAUGGAAAACCUGCCGUCGCUGUUGAGCAACCCGUCACAUUUUCUGACGCUGUCAUGUUCGGCCACCAUGCUGAUGCUCCCUUUGCUGUCCCUGCACACCUACGAAUGGGUGGAUAAGAUCCUCUCCCUGAGCAUAGCUUUGAGCAUGCUCUUUCUGGGUGUGCACCUGGGUCGCAACGUGGGGGCUAUGCUGUUGAUGUCACUUCCAUCGAGAUCCGCCGACGUUGCCGAGGUGGUCAAGGCCAUCGAAGCUCAACCGUCUGUCCGGAGCGUGGAACAAGCCAAGUUCUGGCAGGCACAUUAUGGCAUGGGCAUGGCAAAUCUGAGACUGAGAGUCAUUGGGACGGAAGAAAAUCUACUCAAACUCAGAGAAACAAUCUCCAGCAUUAUUAGGAAUCGGCUGAGUGGAGGAUAUGGGUCCGGGAGCAGUGGUCAGAAAUGGGAAGUCAGUGUUCAAUUCAAGGUUGACAACGACAGUGCCAUUUCUCAGAGUCAUGCUCACUUUUCACCCGGGCCGAGAUGGACUCCUACGUGA